GCGGAGCAUGUGGCGCACUUCUUCUCUGCACUGCAGGGAAAGCAGGUCGACAAUGUAAAGGAGCUGGACGAGAAGGCUGCCGAUUGGCUCAGCAGACGGCAGCGCAUGAAGCGCAGAGAGGUCUCAAUAUGUACUGCCUGUUUCGUCGAGCCUCUGCUGAUCACGUUUGAUGCUAGUGGCUUUGGACCGGCCAAGGAGGCCGAUAGUCUCCUCCGAGCUCAUCUCCUGCACGACUUGGGCGGGAAGGCAAGCUUCAGCAAGCUAGCGCGCCAGCUAAGCUGGAGCGAGGCAGAAGUCGCCAGCUACUUUCAAAGCGUGGACGAAGGUGCUCCGCUCAGCAUCUUGGACGGGCUCUUGCAGCCUGAAAGGUAUCGGGAGCACUACUUCGACUCCGCACGUGUAUCGCUAACCGUCCCACUUGCAGGGCCACCCCGAGAGCUUGGCAGUGAGCCCCUCGUCUCGUGGCUGAUACCAGCCCGAAGCUGCGAAGACUUCCUCCUUGACUGUUUUCGCUCCAUUGAGCAGCAGGUUGGAGUGGCUGCUGGAUCCUACGAAAUUGUGGUGGUCGAGGACGCUUCGGAAGAUGGAACAUCGGCGAUUUUGCAGCACUACGCAGACAAGCGCCCGAACGUUCGCAUCGUUGAUAGCAAUGGAAUGCAACAAGGCGUGGCCGGAUGCCUACGCGAAGGCUGGGAGCACUGUCGGGGUCGCUUUGUGGCCCGCCUGGAUGCAGACGACGAGGCUGACCUCCAGCGGCUGUCCAAGCAGCUUCGCUACAUGGAGCAGCAUCCGUCUGUCUCCGUACUGGGUGGCCGCCACAGAUCCUUCUUCACGGAGCACCGCAAGUUCACAGUGGAGCGAAUAUCGAAAAAGGAGGAUGGCCGAGUUGUAGCCGCCGUCUGGCGGGAGUUUCAUGGGCAGCAAACAUCUCGCGCGCGGGAGCAGAUCUGCUUAGCUGAAAAAGGCGAGCAGGUGCUGGUCGUGGAGGGCCCGGCUGAGUACUUGAACUGCAGAUUGCUGCGAGUCGGCGAGGAGUCCAUGGUUCUUCAUCCAGAGAGAUGGCAAGAGGCUCUGAGUGCUGCACAAGGUGGCCGAGGGGAGGUUCUUCUUCUGCGGAGAGAUCCGUUGGAGCCCGCACAGGGAGGUCGAUGGAUGCAUCCCUGUCUUGUGCGGGCGGCCUCUCUGUUCGAGGAGUGCGUGCUGGGGACAACGUGCCUCUUCCGCAAGUCGCACUUCGGUGAGGAGUGCCCAUUCAAGCGGGAGGAGGCAGAAAAUCAUUGGCUCUGGUUGGGCCUGGAGUCGAACCAACAUGCCAUGAACAUUGCUGACGUCCUGGUGCACACCAGGCCAUCAGAAGUACAAGGGACCCGAGUCCUUGAGAAGUCUGUGACGCCCCGUAACUUGCUCUAG